CGACGGGCGCUAGUGUAUUUGUGCAAUGCAUAAGUUAUCGAUAGCCUGCCUUGGUCUCUAGAUUGUUGAGGAUCCCCAACGAUGGGUAUAGUAAUUCAAUCCUUUGUACUGAUUACCGUCGUCUUUUCCGUGGCGCACUCGCGCCGCUGCUUCAAGUGCGAAUCCGAAAAAACGUUCGGUUGCGCAAAAGAGGCGAAACCUAAUUCGGUCGAGUGCGGACGCGAAGAGCCGGGCUUUACAACAUUCUGCAGCUACAGGCUGUUCCACCAUGUAGAGAGAAAAGUUAACAUCUCUAAGUCCGACUGCCUACAAGUUAAAGAGGGAAGUAUACUGGAUCGGAUUGUUGUUCCAGAUUGCAAAAAUCCACCCCCUGGACACAAUGUGAUCGAAUGCAAAGUCUGUGCCUCAGAACUAUGCAAUUCUGCUCCUUUACUCAGUACAUCUCUUCUUAACUUAUUACCCCUUUUUUUCUUAGUAAAAUAUCUGGCACGUUAAUUUUAUGAUAUCUCAGUUGUAUUUUCACUUUGU